UUUCACGAGCCGGAGUUAAGCGGUAACUUCAAGUUAAUGAAAAUCUUUACUCUCAGAUUUUAACCCCCGGUUAUUCUGGGUAAUAACGUCUUAACUCCUAGUUACGACCACGGUAUCAGCCGCGUUGGCGCGGGAGGGAUUGUUUAUAUGAUAAUAAUAAUGUAAUCAUGUAGAUAACACAUCGAAGUUUAUAUUUUGACGCGAUUUUUUACUUCAACGUUUUCAUAGUUCCUACCUUGGUUUCUAAUAGUGCAUUUUUAAAACAAGAGUUUAAAAUAACUAAAAUAUAAUGUAUCGUCGAAUACUAUACGAUGACAGUGACGAUGAUGAAGAUAUUAUUGCUAUGCAACGUCGACCUCGGGUAUUUUAUGAAAGAGUCAACUACUGUGAAUUGUAUGAUGAUCAUGAUUUCAUAAAUCGAUUUCGUAUUUCAAAAGCUACGUUUAGUACUGUCUUGAGAUUGAUAGAAAAUGAAAUAUCACCUCCUUCUCAAAGAAACAGAGCAAUAUUAGCACCUUGUAAGCUGUACAUGAUGCUGAGGUAUUUUGCUACAGGUUCUUUUUUGUUAGCGAUUUCUGACUUUGUUGGGGUUAGUGAAUCCUCAGCAUGUCGUUACAUUCACCAAACAUGUAGAGCCAUAGCAAAGCAAAAACAAAAAUUCAUGUCGUUUCCAAUGAACGAUGUUGAUACAAAAAGAGUAGUCACUGGAUUUUAUAGCUGA